UAUACUGCAUGCUGUUGCCAACAUCCAAGAUGAAAAUAAGUUAAAAGCUAAAGAUGUCAUCUUCCGUGUGAUCUAAAUAGUAACCUGACUCAGCUCAUUCUUGCAGCUUUCUGUAUUCACAGGGACAAACUGUACAAUUCAGGGUUAUCAUGUUAUUGUUUUUACGUUUCAAAUUGUCAGAUAAUGUGGGAUCGAUAAUACAUGCGCUAAAUAUGUCCUUGGCGAUUAACAGAAGGGAAUUUCGCAGCCACUCAAAAUGAAGGGUCUUUUCCUUGUGGAGCCUGUGGUUGCCCUGUACGCUUUCUCCAGUUUUCUCAUAUUUCCUCUGGUGCAGCAGUAUGUGUACCGAAGGCUCUGGCAGGACAUAACCAACACCACCUACCCCAUCUCUGACAAUACCUCCAGAUGUGCAGGAAACAACAGUAGCAACCAUUCAAGCUACCAUGAGGAAGUGCAGAAGCAGGCAUCUCUCUUCUCCCUUUACACAGAGCUCUUCUCCACAAUCCCCUCUUUGGUUGUCACUCUCAUGCUGGUGGCCUACAGUGACCGGGGAGGACGCAAGAUCGCCAUCAUCAUGCCUUUGUUUGGCACGCUGAUCUACACUCUGGCCUUCCUGGCAGUGUCCUACUUUGAGCUAAACAUUUACUUGCUCAUUGGUUCCUCGCUUCUUAGUUCUCUGUUUGGGGGCUUGGGCACAUUUCUCGGGGGCUGUUUCGCCUACAUAGCAGAUUUGUGCAAGGACGACCGCCAGAAGACGCUGCGCAUGGCUGGACUAGAUAUGAUGAUUGGCUUGUUGUCUGGGGUGGCUUCAAUAGCAACAGGCUACUUCCUGAGAGCUGCAGGCUUUAACUGGCCUUUCCUAACAUCUGCAUUGUGUCAGUGUGUGAUCCUACUCUAUGCAAUUUUCAUCCUAGAAGAGACUGUGAAUAAGGUUCCUACUGAUGCCAUUAUUCUAGAUGGGACUCCCCAGCACUCAGCCACAAAACAGAUGUUGUAUGGGGUCUACCUGAUGUUUACAGGGGCCAGCCGCAGGAGUAAAACUGUUUUGAUCCUCCUGAUACUCAUCUUCACCAGCUUCUCCUUCGCCUAUGUAGGUGGGAUCUCUUUGAUGACACUAUAUGAACUCAAUGAGCCGCUGUGCUGGACUGAGAUUUUGAUUGGCUACGGCUCAGCACUGUCCACCACUGUGUUCCUGAUUAGUUUUGUAGGAGUGGCAGUGUUCACGUACUGUGGCGUGCCACAGCUGCUCAUUAUCCUGAUGGGGAUCCUGUCUGUCAUAUGUGGCAUGGUCCUGGUGGCGUUUGCAAAGACCACGUUACUAAUGUUUUUAGUAAGAGUGCCAAUGCUCUUGUCUAUCAUGCCUUUUCCUGUUCUGCGCUCCAUGAUGUCAAAGAUCAUCUCAAAGUCUGAACAAGGUGCCCUGUUUGCUUGUCUUUCCUUCCUGGAAAGUCUAACUAGCAACGUAUCAGCUGCCACCUUCAACAGUGUAUAUUUCUCUACAGUAUCAUGGUUCCCAGGCUUCAUCUUCCUGUUGUCUGCAGGACUCUGUGCAAUCCCUUUGUCUCUCUUGGGUGUGGUGAGUCUGAUUGGAGUGGAUGUUGCCAAAGAGGACAAAGAACCAGCUGAGCAGGAUCCUGUUGAAGAUGAAAAUGACAACAGCUCUCUUCUUAGAUGAGCCACAUGCAUUGCCAAACCCUCACCAGCACUUUAUUCAUUUUCUCUUUAGUCUUUUUUCAACAAAAAAAGUACCUCAAUCCUUUUUUCAGGCUGACAAAGUUCAGAACACAGGUUACAGAUACAUCUCUUUAUUGCUGUUGAUGAUGUGUGCAUAAUUUAAUGGGAAUAUUGUAAAUAAUAAUAAUAAUAAUAAAACAUCGAGGAAUAGUAGACAAGUUCUGGAUGAGUGAAGUUUGUUUUAUAAGGACAUGUCAGGAAUGUAGCAUAAAUAGGGCUAAAAACAGUGCAAUCUAACAAAUCUUCAAAAGAGUGGUGUGUGAGUAUUCAAAACUGCCUGACUGUGACAUUAUUAACAUAUUCACAAGCAUUUAAUGUCCAUUUCAUACAGUUUUACCAUGAAACAUAUCAGCAGGUUGAAAAAUAUUUGCAAUUACUUUCAACAAUCAGUUUAUAUAGUUUAUACUUUUUUGCUUUUCUCACAUGUUCCUCCUUUCAGUGCCAUAUAGGUUUAUGUUUUUACAAGUAGCGCAAGUAUCACUUGUUUCUAAGAAUAAAUGUCACCAACAUCAAAUUUAUUUUAUUUAGAUUAAUUUCAUUUACUUAUACCCACAUAAUGCUUAAACAUAAAACUAUCAUAGGUCUUUAUUUACCUAAACAAUAAUUAUCACCGGGACAGCUACAAAAAGCAAACAAUAAAUAUUUCGAGUAUCAGUUACUUAUUUAAAAGAAUAUUAAUAAGAAUAAUGAUAUUCAUUUAAUGUUUGAACCCACUAGACAUGUUUUAAGACAUAUGAAAAUACUCUGCUUUGAAUAAUAAUUUUAUUUCUUAUUAAGGGGAAAAAAACUAUUUCCUCAUCAGAAAUUCCUAAAUCACAUUUAUUUCUUCUCCCUCAUUGAAAAAUCUAGAAGCUAUCUAUAUUUCCAGAAUAUGCAAAUAUGUUUUUAUCUCAGAGUCAUCUUCUACAAUAGAGACAAUCCUACGUUCCCCUUGAUGAUAUGUAACUAUAAACCAUUUGGCAACAAUUUUUGCUUUUUUCCCCUCAGGUUGUCAGUUUUGAGUGUUUAGGGAUAACAUAUUUUAAUGUGUCCAUGGGAGAGAAUAUAUUUACUGAUUAAAUAUUUCUUACAGUUUAGGAUCUCAUCUGUUAAAGUAAAUCUAUCUCCAUUCUUGACCACUAGGUGUCCCUCUUGGUCCAGGCUUACAGGGUACAUGCUACACACCUAACUAAGACUCACAGUAUACCGUUUAUCACUAGUUAAGGACAUGGUAAUAAUGAUAAGAUGUGAAUAUAUAUCUUGUUUUAUUCUUUAUGUUGUAUUACAUGUUAUGACGUUUUUAAAAAUUGAAACAUGUUUCUCCAUAGCUGUAAAACAUUCCUGUUCACACUGUAGAUUGUCAACAUAGAGAAGCUCUACUAGUCUGCUCUGUAGAUUCUGUUUACUCACCACCUAGCAAAGGGACUACAGACAUCUCUAAAUUAAAUCAUAAUAAGCUUUAUUAUGUUGUGAUUGUGUUGUUGUGUUUGUCACAAAAAGUGUGAUAUUUGAGCAAAAUAAUAACUGUGAGAGCAGUGAAUACCUUAUCUUUCUACCAGAAAUUGUGUGACAAAUU